AUGUCGAACAACCUCUACAUUGCGGAUACACCUGCCGAGGUGUCCCAGGCAAAGGGCCUGCACCUCAUCACGCAAAACACUCCCAAUGGCCAAGCCACGCAGAUCAUGCUUGAAGAACUCGCGGAUGCUUAUGGCACCACGUGGACCACCAGCCUCAUCAACAUCAUGACCAAUGAGCAGAAGAAAGAGUGGUUCCUCCGGCUGAACCCCAAUGGACGUAUUCCCGUGCUCAUCGAUAACGGACAAACCCCUCCUUUCCCCUGCAUCGAGACGAGUGCCCAGCUGUUAUACCUGUUAAAGUUUUUCGAUCCUGAGGAUAAAUUCGGCUUUAAAGAUGAAUUGGAGAGGAAUGUGGUUUUGCAGUGGAUGUUCUUCUUCCAUGGCGGAGGUGCCCCGUACCAAGGACAAGUGAAUCACUUUACAAGAGCGGCGCCUGAGAAGAUUCCUUACGCCAUCAAUCGCUACAAAAACGAAACCCUCCGCGUUUACGGCGUCCUGGAAAUCCGUCUCUCCGGCCAAUUUACGGGUGGACCGCGCGACUACCUAGUCGGUCCUGGCAAGGGCAAAUACACCGUCGCAGACAUUAAGACCUGGCCCUGGGUGAAAGGCUGGGAGAGAAGUGGUUUCACCCAGGAGGAGAUGAAGCCCUUCCCACAUUUGCUGAAGUGGAUUGAUCGGAUCGCUGAGAGACCCGCGGUCCAGAGGGGCAUCGGCGACAAAUACGUGCAGAAGUAA